GUGUAAAGAACAGACUGUGUUAGAGGCAAAUUGAGUGACAUAGUUUGAAGUAUCUCAUGAAUAUUUAUAUCAACGCUGCUCCCCCGUUGCCGAUAUGUACUCAAUCACUCGACCGUUCGUACUCGAAACCCACACUCAUAUAUUCAAUCAACUUCAUUCGACAUGGCUGCUGUAACCUCUGGUUCUUGCCUCUGCGGCAAUUCUGCCUACUCUUAUACCGACGAGCCGGUCAUGAGGGCUCUCUGUUAUUGUACCCCUUGCCGCAAAAUUUCCGGUGCAACCAAUACCCUCAACUUCGUCAUUCCCGAGGACAAGUUCACUCUCACAAAGGGACAACCCAAGUCUUACGCAGCAGAGCAUGAGUAUGGAAUGACGCUCACUGUUUUCUUCUGCCCUGACUGUGGAUGCACUUUGUGGAAGGAGGCUACGGCAGCGCAGUUCAAAGGUGUGAAGCUGAUACAGGCGGGAACAUUGACAGAUGCGAAGAAAUUGGAUGGAAAGGUGGAUGCAGAGUUCUAUGUUCCGGAGAGGGCCUCGUGGCUGGUUCCGAUCGAAGCGGCUGCUCAGAGCAAAGACUUUUAG